CGCAGCGCCAAGCCGCUCUCCGUGCCAUUGUAGCCGCGCACGGCGUCUCCGUAGCGCAAGAACACUUCGCAAGUAACGUAUUCAGCACCUGCGCCGGUCGGGCAGCGUAAAACGAGGGAGGGGCAGCCGGAAACGACAAAAAACAAAUGCCGGCGCCGCGCCGCCCGCGCUACGCGAGCGACCCGCCGGUCCUCUCGCCCCAGACGUCGCUCUCGUUACCGUCGGAGAGCGACGAUGGAAGGGUAAGAAGCGCGGAGGUCAAGGACGGCCACCUAUUACCGGCGCUCGACGCGAGCUAUGGACGGGGCAGUAAUGAAUUGGAGCACCCUUUGGUCGAGGCUUAUAGAUCAGAGUGCUCCGGCAAGGACUCGCAACAUAGCCCGCUGCGGGACGCCUACGUCGCCGCGUCGCCGCCAAAGAACGAACAAGUGCCACCUGCAUUGAUAAUGAAAUCAAUGGCGAGCCCAGAAUUACCAAGACCCCAGUUCUCUCCGGAAGAUCGGGCGACGAAGCGGAAGCUCGCACGCAUGUUACGGGGCCCGCUCGGGAGGUUUGCACCCCCCAAAUCUCAUUAUGAAGUCGCGAAGGGCCCCGGUACAGUUAUCCAGGGCGGUACCUUGGACCUGCGCGUGUUUCGGGGAGGCUACGCGACGCCGUCCGGGACGAAGCGGGGCGUCACGCCGCCGUCGGCCUUGGUACCUAAUCACGACCGGCCCGUGUCUCCGACCGCUUUUUUGGAGUUCUCGGCGUGCGACACAGUGGAAAAUCCACAGAAAGCGGUCACGCGCCACCCGCCGGCGCGCGCCUACGACGGGUCCAUCGCCCAGCGCGUCGGGCUGACCGGUGUUUCGCCGGCUACCGUACAUUGUGAGCAUGUGGCCCGGUCGCCUUCUGUGGAUUUGCCCCUGUCCGCGGGCAAGGCCCGGAUGGCCUACCGUGAUGGCACCAAAAAUCCCGAAUUGCAAGCGCGGCUCGACGCCGUCGACGCGGCGGCGCGCGCGUCAAGGAGUAGGCGUAAGCCUGAGGAGUAGUAA